CAACUGCUGUCAGAGAUCUGUGAGUGUUUAGAGGGAGGGUGUGUGGUCAAGCAAGCCUGAACUGAGCAGUGUUUUUGCACAAGUUUCAGAAACUAUUAGAUUUAUUCAAGAAGUGAGCAACUGAAAAUAGCCCACAUAAGGAUUCUCUCUCUUUUCCUUGACUGUGGAUUACAGUAGUUAAAGACUUUUGAACAGAAGCAUACUAGUGGAUGAGGCCUCACCUGUUUGGAUUUCAUUUGGAUGACAACAGUGGAUAGUAGAAGUGGACAGCGAGGCGUGGAAGAGAUCAUGGUCACUCGGAUGUGAGAGACAGGAACAGUCAGGACAGGUUGGGCUACCAGUUAUUAUGUCCACCCAGGAGUGCCCAGAGAGUCCAAUGCUUGAGGAUAAGGAGGGUGGGGAAGGCAGAGGGGUGGAGAGAGAGUCGGACAGAGACAGUGCAGUAGACAGCACUCUAUCGUCAGAGAUAUCGGAUGGAGGGAGAACAGGAGAAAAAGAGGAAGGGAUUGGGCUUUGCCUCCCAGGAGAAAAGCGUGAUCAGAUGUAUAAUCGCUCUGAGACUUCUGAUCAUUCUACACGUUCAUCUGCUUCAUUAAAUGAGGAGCAGUUUGAGGACUAUGGAGAAGGAGAGGAUGGAGACUACACUCCUAGCAGCCCCUGUCCAGACGAUGAGAUCCGCAUUAAUGGAUGCUCAGAUCUGGGCUCUUCUGUUUCCUCCAGUGCUGGUCAGACUCCUCGGAAGAUGCGCCAUGCUGGUGACCAGAUGGAUGUGUUUUGCUCUCAGUGUUGUAAGAGGGUCAGUCUGCUGAAUGACCUGGAAAACAGGCUGAAAAAUCUCAAAACCAACAGCCCAAACAGAAAGAUCUCCAGCACUGCAUUUGGAAGGCAGCUGCUCCACAACAGUAACCUUAGCAGUAGUAACGGCAGCACAGAGGAUUUGUUCCAUGACAGCAUUGACUCCUGUGAAACAGACAUUACUGAGAAGGUGAGUUACUUGGACAAGAAAGUGACAGAGCUGGAAAAUGAAAUUCUGAUGAAUGGGGAUGUGAAGUCAAAGCUGAAACAGGAAAACAUACAGUUGGUUCACAGGAUUCAUGAGUUGGAGGAGCAACUAAAGGACCAGGAGACCAGAGCAGAGAACAUGAUGGAAGAGGAGCUCAGGAGACACAGAGAGGCCUAUAGCCGAAUGGAGAAAGACAAAAACACACAGAUAGAGCUGCUCACAAAUCGAGUACACCAGCUAGAGGAGGAAAAUGGAGAGAUGGCAAUAAACAUGAACAGACUGAAAGCCCAGUCAGAGAAACUGGAUGAGGAGAGACAGCGGAUGACAGAUAAACUGGAGGAUACAAGUCUGCGGUUGAAGGAUGAGAUGGAUCUGUACAAGAAGAUGAUGGACAAGCUACGACAGAACAGAAAUGAGUUUCAGAAGGAAAGAGAUACCAUGCAGGAGCUAAUUGAGGACCUUCGGCGAGAACUGGAGCACCUCCAAAUAUACAAGCUGGAGGCAGAAAGAAUGGGGCGUGGCCGCAGUUCUUCCAUUAGCCUAUCAGAAUACAGCACUCGAACACGUGAGAGUGAGCUGGAACAGGAGGUCAAGAGACUAAAACAGAGAAGCGUUUCCAAGGACAUGCCCUUUGACCUCCAGCAGCUUGUGUAUGCUCGGGCACGACUCUGUCCGACUUUGAUGGAGAACCAGAAACUGAGGGAGCAGAACGAAGAUCUAAAUGGUCAGCUUCUCAGUCUGAGCCUCCAUGAGGCCAAAAACCUGUUUGCUACACAGACAAAAGCGCAGUCUCUGGCCAUGGAGAUUGAUCAUGCCUCCCGUGACCAGCUGAUGGAAGCCCUCAAGGAACAAGAGGAGAUAAACUAUCGACUCAGGCAAUACAUGGACAAGAUAAUUUUAUCUAUUCUGGACCACAACCCGUCUAUUCUGGAAAUCAAAAACUAAAAGCCUGUCAUAAGCUGUUUAGAAACUUCACAGUGGAUCUAGAGCUCCCCCUGAGGUAGCACUGAACCUCAAAUGACUUGUGCCUCUGAACGCACAAUAACUACAAUGUGCUGGUGUUUUGUGCACCAUGCGACAAAAAUCUAAAAUAUACUGGUGAAACAUUUCAUGCACUUUUAAACGGCAUUUUUUUGCUGCUCUGUACAACACAAGGGAGUUUUCACUGGAAUGUCAUUAUGGUUACUGAAUUGCACCAACUAAUAUGUGAAUAUGACACUGGAUGUUCACACAGUGUAUUUGCGUUAUAUGGAUGGUGUAUAUUUGCUGAGUUUGCACUGGGAUGUGAUGAGAAAGGUUGGGUGAUUAAAAAAGAGAAAUAACUACCUAUUUGAUGGCUAACAAAGCCUGUUCCAUUCAAUGUUGCUGAGUAUGAUUAGAGGAAAGAGACUUUUGUAGGUUUAUAUGUAAUGAUUUUGGUGAGUGUUUUUGACCGUCUUUCUAUUAUUAUGGUAUGUGAGGGAAUGAUGUAAGGAGAGACAAAUUAGAAGAAUAGAGGAGAGGUAAUCGAAACUGGGACUGGAACUUGAUAACACUGCCUGCUGUAAAAGAAAUCCAUUUUAGAGCAGGGCAUUACUCUAGUCUGUGUUUGCAAUGUAACGUUGAGAUGUUUAUUCUGACAUUACUUGCAGUAUGUGUGCUUUAAACAGGAGUGAAGAUGCAAGAAGCUGAAUGUAAAAUGUGAUUGUGAAUGUACCAAACAAGUAGUAUUUCAGGUUAUUUACAGGCUUUAGCAUAAUAGUUUAAGACCUCUGUUCAUCGGCUGAAUUAUGUUCUUAAUGGCCUUAAGGGAUUUGCACUUGUUCUUCCAAACUAAAAUAAUAUUCAGUUAAUAAUUUCAAAUGCAACAUUCUCAUGAUUUUCUACAAUGUGAUUUAAAUACAAAUAAACAUACAUCAGAUAAUGCAGGUCUAAAACAUACAGAAAACUGACAUUUGUGUUUUUAUCCCUGGAAUAUUUUGAAUAUUAGACAUUUUUUAAACAGUAAAUUCAUCUUAAAAAUGGCAACUUUUUUUUUGUCCCCCACAGUUACCGUUUCUCUUGUUCAGUCAAUAGACUAUAUGUGAUGACAACAUCAAGCAUCUAAUUUAUUCUGUGCUGAUCUGGGCCUAUGUUCAGCAUAUGGGAUUCUGUAAAUUUCAUAUUUUCUCACAUAAAUGCCUCCCAUUUGCUUGUAGUAUUUGUGACUUUUCACUCAUCAGUUAAACCUCAAGUAGACCCUUUUUCAGUCACACAUUAAAUAGCUGCUGAGCUAUAACACACUUUAUACAUAUGUGUGGAAUUUUUAACAACUUGUAAAUGAUGUAGAGAACUUACUUUUUUACUUGUGCCACUCAUUGCUUUUACAUUGUUUCUCAGUUUAUUCUGUGAAUAUUUUUAGUCGUGGACAUACCAUGACAAAUAUCUGAUUAUUUCUUAUUGUCUUUAUAUUUAUAAAGGAGAUGCUGGAGAAGGCGGCAGUAUUAGUUUUGCUUGUUUAUGAGAGAGCAGACUAACUCAGUGGCACAUAAUGUCACAACAUGCUAAAUGGUGAGACACUUUAAUCCAAAAGUGGGGUAUCUGUACACUUGCACAAAAUGUAUACUAAUUGCAUUUCAUUUUUUGCAUAAUAGAUUUAUCUGAAAUACUUUAGCAAUACUUAUGAUUGUGGGUUAUUUCUGUUUCAGAUUUAAAUUAGUCUCUAUGAACAAGAUGAGCAUAUAGGCAUUUGCUUUUGCAUGUCAGGUGUUACUGAAUUUACUAAACUUGAACAUGAAAAAUUAACGAACUGAUCUUUUAAAAUAAAACAAUACAAAAUUCAA